AAAUUUUGCUCGUGUCUUUUCUUCUCCCCUUUCUUUCUUUUUCUUCCUUUCUUUGCGUCAAGAACAAUCCUAUUGUAUUAUUGAUACUUAGGAGAAAUUUAAGUCGCUUCUCAUUAAAAAAAAAAAAAAUCUUGUUUUCUCCUCUUUAAUUCAAAAUCUAUCGAUCUCCAUGGCUCCAAGCACGUUGAGAAAAGCCAUUGGUGUCGUUAAGGAUCAAACUAGUAUCAGCUUAGCCAAAGUCGGUGGCAGCACCUCACUCUCAGACCUUGACGUGGCUAUUGUGAAGGCAACCAGGCAUGAAGUGAAUCCGGCUGAGGAAAGACACAUUAGAGAAAUCCUAAAUUUGACAUCCUACUCUCGCUCCUACGUUAGUGCAUGCAUAAACACCCUCUCGAAACGUCUAAACAAGACAAAAAACUGGACGGUGGCACUAAAAACCUUAAUACUGAUCCAGCGGUUGUUAGCGGAGGGUGAUCCUGCUUAUGAACAAGAGAUUUUUUUUGCGACAAGGCGUGGGACUCGUCUUUUGAACAUGUCAGAUUUCCGAGAUACCUCGCAAUCUGACUCGUGGGACUACUCAGCUUUUGUGCGUACCUACGCAUUGUACCUUGACGAGCGAUUGGAAUACAAAAUGCAAGGGCGACGAGGGAAACGUAGCAUGUAUGGAAGUGAGGAAGAAGAUGAAGAGUCAAGCCCUGGUGCAAUUUGUGUCAAAUCGACAUCGAUCAAUGAGAUAAGGAUUGAGCAUAUAUUUUCGAAGUUACAACAUUUGCAACAACUUCUUGAGCGCUUCUUGGCUUGUCGACCCACAGGUUCGGCGAAAAAUGACAGGGUGGUGAUGGUGGCUCUAUACCCAAUAAUAAAAGAAAGUUUUCAGAUAUAUUAUGACAUAACAGAGAUUCUAGGCAUCUUAAUUGACCGGAUCGCGGACCUAGAGAUUUCAUACUCAGUUAAAGUAUAUGAAAUAUUCUGUCGGGUAACAAAACAGUUUGAUGAGCUCAGUCAGUUCUACUCCUGGUGUAAAACUGUUGGGGUGGGACGUUCUUCAGAGUACCCAGAAGUGGAGAAGAUUGCACAAAAUAAGCUCGAUCUCAUGGAUGAGUUUAUCCAAGACAAAUUAGUUUUGGUGCAAAGAGGGAAGAUCAUUGAAGUUAAGGAGGAAGCUAAGCCAAAGGUGAAAGAACCGGAACCAAUAGAAGAAGAUAUGAAUGCGAUUAAGGCAUUGCCACCACCAGAAGUCAUGACUGAGCCAACGAUUAAAGAAGAAAUAGAAGAGAUAAAGCAAGAGAACUUAGAAGAUUACAAAUUUUCAAGAUUGGAAGAUGAUUUAUUGAACCUAGGAGUAGAUGCAAUGACAUCAGAAGAGCAUACAGAUAAAUUAGCAUUGGCUCUAUUUGAUAGUCUUGGACCUACAACAAUAGCAGGAUCAGUGCCAGCUUUGCCAUGGCAAGCCUUCAAUGAUGAUACAACAGAUUGGGAAACGACACUCGUUCAGUCAGCAAGUAACCUCCCAAAUCAAAAAGUAGCAAUGGCUGGUGGAUUCGACAUGUUAAUGCUUAAUGGGAUGUAUCAACAAGGGGCAAAUGUUACUACCUUAGGGUAUGGAACCACUGGAAGUGCUAGUAGCGCUGCUCUCGGUUCAGCUGGAAGCCCUACGAUUCUUGCAUUACCAGCACCUCCAACAUCUGAGACUCAAGUGACAGCUACUACUAUCGUGGAUCCAUUUGCAGCAUCGCUUGCAGUGGCACCUCCAUCAUUCGUGCAAAUAUCAGACAUGGAAAAGAAGCAGAGGCUAUUGGUGGAGGAGCAGAUGAUGUGGGAACAGUAUAAGAGAGAUGGGCUACAAGGAAAUCUUGGGUUAAUGAAGCAACAACAAUACCCAUGUAGCAGAGGGUAUCCACAUCGUUAUUAAGUGAAGCUUUGUGAUUGUAAUAGGGCUUGGCUUCAAUAGUCCUCUUUUUGAGUCCAUUUAUAUUCUUUUAGGAGAUCAAUUGUGUUAUGUAUUUCUAAUAACGUGGGAAAACAUGC